CACCGAUGCUAAGAGCAUGAUCUGGUGGUUCCAGUUUCUCUCGCUUCUCUCCGGCCUUGGCCCAGGGAACACAGAUUCACAAACCCAAGCACCCCCAUUGCCGGUGGACGGGGUGCUGGGGGAGUCAGUAACUCUGCCCCUGAAGUUUUCUGCAGAAGAAGAAAUCCAGUCCAUCACCUGGCUUCAUAAAACAGCAUCUGUCAUCUUCAUACCGAAAGAUCCAGCACAAAUCCAGGUGACUGAUCCAACACGGAAAGAUCGACUGAAAGUCAUCCAGUCCUCCUCCUUGCAGAUCAACAACCUGACAAUGGCAGACAGCGGACGUUACCGUGCCCAGAUAACCACCGCAACCUCCAGAGAGAUGUAUAAUUACAAUCUGGCGAUCUACAGUCGACUGAGGAACUUACAAGUGGCUAAUCACACUCAACUCUUUGAGAAUGGGAGCUGUGAGAUCCAACUGACCUGCUCUGUGGAGAAUCCAAAUGACCAUGCCUCGUUCAGGUGGCAGGCUGCAGGAAACACAAUCCUGGAGGAAGCAAACCUCACUAUCUCUUGGGAGCCCAAGGAUUCCAGUGAAGAGACAUACACUUGCAUCGCUAAGAAUCCUGUCAGCAAUUUAUCCUUCUCUUUCUCUGUCCAAAGUCUCUGCAAAGCAGAGACCCCGAGGGACGACCCAGGGAAUGAGCCAGCCUGUCCAGAGAACACUGUGUACGCUCAGGUCACUCAUCCAAACACGAAAACGGAAAUCCCAAUACCUAUGAAAAAUAAUGAUUCCUCUACAAUUUACUCCACAAUUUGUCAACCCAAACAGACCUAUGACUUUGCAAAGAAAGUAAAAGCUAAGGAGCCAUUUUUGCCCUAG